AUAGCAUGUCCGGAGGAGUCAGUGUCGAGGGGAUAGCUGUGCGGAUGCCACCUUUACUCACUUAGCCUCUAAUGGUUCCUCUGUAAUGUGCAACCUUUUGCUGUUGGCACUAGGGCUGGACUGCUCUGAGUGUGCUGUUACUAAUGCUUGCCGACUUUGUCUCCCACCACGCACCCCUCACACACACACUCACACACACACUCACUAUCUCCCAGUGUGAGAGUAGGUCUGGUGCUGCCACUGUGGAGAGACACCGAGAUCAAGUUGGAUGGGGAUGGUGUACAUAUACAGUUCAAUUCCGUACCCUUUUGGAAUCAAUCACCAUUCAUCGCACGUCAUCGUUCACUGUGCGUUUAUUUUCAUUUGUCUUUCUUCUUCCUUUCUCCAGAGGGUUCAUAGUGCACAGUGGAGACCAUCAGGCAGUCUUCAAGCCGUCCUCUGUACAGAGCAUGUGGACAACGCUGCAGAGCCUGUACCAGUCGACGGAGAACGCACGAGUCAACAACUACUACGUGGGUGGUCUGUCCCACACCUGGAUGAGCUUCUACCUCGCGCAGCUCACCGACGACUGCCUCAUCCGCAAUGAGUGGAAUCUGUUGAAGGAUGUGGAGUCGUUCAGACCAGACUCUCUCAUAUACUCCUCCAACAUAUCAUCCACCAAAGCUGGCAAUGUGUUUGAGAAGCAGCUCGUGUCCAAACUACGUGGAGUGAUGCUCCACGAAGACCUCGAGGAGGUGACAAGUCGCCAACUGAGAGAGAAGCUGGAGAAGGAGAUGGACAUGGGGUUGACCGAGUACCGCGAGUUUCUCGACAGACACAUGUUGAGGAUCCUGGGACAGCUCGAACAGCCAUCCAAGAUCCUGGAUUACCUCUACCUGGGUUCAGAGUGGAAUGCUUCUAACCUCAGUGAGCUCGAAGCCUUUGGGGUUGGAUACAUCCUGAACGUGACGAGAGAGAUUGACAACUUUUAUCCCGAGGUCUUCAAGUACCUCAACAUCAGGUUGUACGACGUUCCUGACAGUGAGCUGAUCAAACACUGGGAGAAAACCUACAGAUUCAUCAAAGAAGCAAAAAUGAGGGACACCAAAGUGCUUGUUCACUGCAAGAUGGGAAUCAGCAGAUCUUCUGCCACCGUGAUAGCGUACAUGAUGAAGGAGUAUCAGAUGCCACUGGCAGAUGCCAAGAAACACGUCAAGAGCAUUCGUGGUUGCAUCAACCCCAACGAUGGUUUCAUGAGUCAGCUCCACUCCUACGAGGGAAUCCUCACUGCCAGACACAACCCUCGCUGGGGUAAAUACGCCCCCACCCGACUCUACUCCAAACGCUCCGUCUCGGACCCGGACAUCAUGCAGUCGCUGGAGAAGGAGGAGCUGGAGAGACGUGGUCUCCAGAAGCGGGCAGAGGAGCGUGGGGCGGAGGGAGGGAUGGGGGAGGAGUGGGAGGGGGAGGACAGCGGGGAGAGCUCGUUUCGUCCAAUCCACAACGUAGCGAGUGCCUACAACAUCCCCCACCUCAUUCUGCAGCAGCAGACGGCUGUCGAUGAGCCCGAACUAACCUUCCUGGCCGAAGGUGAGGUUACCGGGGUCCAACUGAGCCAGCAGGACACCAGCGGGAACAGUGGGAUCCUUGGUGGCGCCGGGUCCCUCCCCGAGAGAGGCACGUCAGUUCACUCGACGCCCGUCGACAAGUCGAGAAAUCUCCAACACUUCCUCGCCUCCCUGCCUGUGGUGAUUGGGAGUACGGACGACGGUAUCGGGGACAACAUCCCCACGUCUAACUCCGGGUCGGCCUACUCCAGUCCCAUAUACACCCCUCCCGACGAGGAGAGCAUUCACAUGCACAUGGCCGCCCAGCACAGGGAGCAAGAGGUCGCAGGGGAGGCGGGGACUCGGGCAUUGGAAUCGUCCGAGGACACUACAACAGAUGAUAGAGGGAGGGUGGCAGACAAAGGAUCGUAUGGACAGAGAAUAAGUGAACCCCAGCCCCUUCCUCCCUCGUCCUCCUCUUCUCCAAGACUGUCACCUAACCCACCAACCUACAACAUCAGUCCCUCCAGUGGUAGAGAACAACCAGUGGAAUAUGCAGAGGUCAUCAAUAGUCCCGUUAGCCACAGCCAUCGCUCAUACAGUCUCCCCUAUGGACUCAGUGGGUACGUGUUCCGGGCUGAAGGCAGUUCUACUACUACCGCUGCUACUGCUGCUGCUGCCAAGAAGCUGACUAGCUUGUCACCGACUAACGGCAGGGGGCUAAGGGUGUCUGGAUUCAUUCGACAGAGCCCAGCGGCCGUCACACCAGAGGAUGCGGAAGAGGGGGAGGUGAGAAGGAGACAAGCGUCUCCGUCUACAGGAACACCACUGCAGGGAGACCUUCGCGAAGUCCAGUCGGAGGAGGAGACACUAGAGGCAGUGGAGAGACGUGGAGACUAUCCUCUGGGGAAUAUGACACCUCGCACUAGGGAAAAAUUCAUCCACCACCGACGAAGCAAGUCAGACUCGCACCACGACGUUUCGGGACCGAUCAAGACGACGCAGAUAUCGAGCGUCCCGGAGAGAGUGAAGGAGAUAGAGGAGAAGGGUCUUCAGGUGACGAGCACGCAGUCGCUCCAGUCCAUCGUCCCUCAGGCCGACUCCCAGCCUCUUUCAGCCACUUCCUCAAACAGCCAGUCAUCGUCCGAAGAGUGUCUUGCCUCUCCGUUUACUGACGCAGGCACUGGGGACAGAGGCAAGUCAUCCACUCUGCAACACGUCCCCUUGACCAGUUCUUCCAGAGUGACCGCAGACUCGAUACCACGACACUCCUCACUCAGCCCCAGACCGUCUCUGUCGCCGUGUCGGUCAUCUUCUCCCCAUCUCUCCGUCCAAACCAGCUUCUCUCUCCCGUCCUCAGUCCCUUCUCCCAACACUGACACAGGCUCUUCCCCUCCUCCUCCCUCGCACCCCGCAGACCCAGCCCUCCCCACAUCACUUCACGGGGUGGUCAAGGCCAAAAUCCAGAACAUCGAGGGUAAGAAGGGGUCGGGACAGGCCUCGACUGGAGCCCAGGCGGAGCCUCCUCGUGGUGAUGGCGUCGUCAAACGGUCGCUGGUUCAGAGCGGGCAGAGGCCGCAGAGCGAGAUCAUCUUUUACUCUCCCUAUGUGGGGGUGGUGGAGGUGAACGACCCCAGUGACUCAGAGACCUCGACCACCUCUUCCACCAGGGAGCUGGACGGAGGGAGUUUCGGCAGCGCUGGUUUGUCUUCAGCCUUUCAGACGCAUCGUGGAACUUUUUCCAACAUGAGAAGCAGACAUGAGGGAGGGGGAAAGGCAAGAAGGAUGGGACGACGGAACACUGCCAGCGAUAUCUUCUCCAGUAGCAGCGAAGAGAACCAGGACUCGCACAGCGGCAAAGUGGUCCAGAGCGGGGCCGUGUUUAACGCCUGGGUGGGGAUAAUCCCCAGGGAAGAGCUCCAGGACAACGACCUGGCCAGCGUCUUGGAGCUGAGACAGAAGUUUGAGCGCAGGAGUCCCAAAGACCCAGGCAGGAAACUCCAGACGUUGUCCAGUCUUCGGCGCUCUAACUCGCUCAGAGACACCCGACUUCCCUCGCCGCCCAUUCGACUCGGGGGUUCGGCCCGCUGGAAAAAGUUCUCGUCCAACGCCAGUCUCCCUCGGUACGGGGAACGCCAUCGGAGAGUGAUCGCAUCUGCCUCGCCCACUGCCAGUGGCAGCCAGCAGUCACUGACGUCAUCUGGCAAAUGAACAACAACUCGCAACUUUUGUUUUCCCUCUCCCUCCCUCCCUUCCUUUUAGAUUGAAAAUCUGGUGGUUUUUUGGAUUUGCUUUCUAUGUGUGAGCAUGUGUCGCCGUCAUUUGUGUGCGUGUGUUUAUCGAUUUAUAUCUUGUGCUCAAAGCUGCUUUUUAUCUCCGCUCUACCUGGAAUCACUCAGCGGUUCUGUAUUGUGUAGUAUUUAUCUCAGUUUCCUUUUUCUGUUGUUGUUAUUAUUGUGGCCGUCUGGCUGAAAGUGUGUAUGUAAUUAGGGUCAAAUUGUAU